AUUUAUGGGAAAUUUCUUUACUAAAAAGACAAUACACGCCUUGGAUGAAGUGAAAGGGAAGGAAUUAACUCUACUUCGUCAUUUGGUCAAGAACAAAAGUCACGUUUUGCCCAAGAUAUUAAAGUGUAGAUCCGAGAAGAAUAUUGAAAAGAGAACUGAAUUCGAUAUUGAUGAGAAUUUACUAGUGUAUAAUAACGCGCUAGGAUUAUGAAAGUUUAUGAAAUUGCACCGCCAGUCCAAAUCUAUUAAAGAAUUUGAUCUAUGAUUAGCAAAGAUCCCAAAAUUCCACUUUGAGGAUGAAGUUGUAAGAUCACUUCCUUCUGAGAUAUGAAACUUAAGAAUAAACCUAGGUGUAAAUACUUUGCGUACCAGAUUCCAGAGGCACUCGAGGCUAAUGUGCAUGGCUCUUUCAAGAACGACUGAUUGAGUUUGUUUAAACUCACUGAUUCUAAACAAGUCUCAGCUUCAUAGAGUCUUUGUAUCUGCUUCAAGGUGAAACAAGAUCAUUUUUCAUCAAUGAAAGCUAAACUCUGAACGAUUAGUAUUAAAGGACUUGGAUUUUAAAAUCAACACUCUGGCAUUCAUGAAUUGAGGACUCCCGAACUACAGUAAUUGGAGAGACUUCCCCCAAAAGUUAGCUUGUUUACUAUCAGUGAUCUCCAACUCAAGUCUGAGGAAAUCUCUUCUUAAGAUCUCUGCAGACGAAACUUAUUUGAGUGAGAGGCAGAAGAAGGAGCUUAUCACGAGGUGCAAUUUGGAUGAUGUCAAAAUUAUCCUAUUUUAG